GCCCCUGGCAGCCCCGCCGCGCGGAGCGAGCGCCGCCUCCGAGGGUCGCCGGGCGCCGGAGCCAUGACCCUCCGCCGACUCAGGAAGCUGCAGCAGAAAGAGGAGGCGGCGGCCGCCCCGGACCCCGCCGCUCGGGCUCCCGACUUGGCAGUCGCUCCCUCCACUCCAGCCCCGACCCCGGCCUCGGGCCCCCGUGCUGCAGCCGCCAGCUCUGGGGCCCCCGGAGACGAGCUGUACGCGGCGCUGGAGGACUAUCACCCGGCCGAGCUGUACCGCGCGCUCGCCGUGUCCGGGGGCACUCUGCCCCGCCGAAAGGGCUCAGGACUCCGCUGGAAGAAUCUCGGCCAGAGCCCUGAACGGCAGCGGAAAGUGCUAACUUUGGAGAAGGAGGAGAACCAGACCUUCGGCUUUGAGAUCCAGACUUACGGCCUUCACCACCGGGAGGAGCAGCGCGUGGAAAUGGUGACUUUUGUCUGCCGCGUUCAUGAGUCCAGCCCUGCCCAGCUGGCUGGGCUCACACCAGGGGACACCAUCGCCAGUGUCAAUGGCCUGAACGUGGAAGGCAUCCGGCAUCGAGAGAUCGUUGACAUCAUUAAGGCGUCUGGUAACGUCCUCAGGCUGGAAACUCUGUAUGGGACGUCCAUUCGGAAGGCCGAACUGGAGGCCCGUCUGCAGUACCUGAAGCAAACCCUGUACGAGAAGUGGGGAGAAUACAGGUCCCUAAUGGUGCAAGAACAGCGGCUGGUGCAUGGCCUGGUGGUGAAGGACCCGAGCAUUUACGACACGUUGGAGUCGGUGCGCUCCUGCCUGUACGGGGCCGGCCUGCUCCCGGGCUCGCUGCCCUUCGGGCCCCUGCUGGCCGCGCCCGGGGGCGCGCUCUGGACUGAGGCCCGCGAGCAGGCCCUGUGCGGCCCCGGCCUGCGCAAAGCCAAGUACCGCAGCUUCCGCCGGCGGCUGCUCAAGUUCAUCCCUGGACUCAACCGCUCGCUGGAGGAGGAGGAGAGCCAGCUGUAGGGGCGCGGCGGGCGGGGAAGGUAUUUAUUUAUUUAUUCGAUCCAGCCAGUGCAGAAAGGGGGUGGGGGGGCGGGUACCCGGGCCGAGGGGACUCCAGGAGCCCAGCGCAGCGGGAGAGGGUCCUUGCCAGCCCCAGCUGGGCUGCUGGUGCCUGGCUGUCUCUGCGGGCCCCAGAUCCUUUUAGUCCUCCUCCCCUAAACCACAGUGGGAGGUGGGGCAGGGAGAACCAGGCAAGCCUGGGUUGGGAGAGGUUUGGGGGCGUUCAUCCUACAUCUGGGUCAGUAGUGCCUUGUGGGGUGUCCAGGAAAACCCCUCUGGAGGGGAGGAACCUUGUCCCACGAAGCCCUCUCCUCAGCUUUACUUGCUCCUCACCUUUGGCCUGGGGGAGAAAUGGCCUCUGGUCGGUAGUCCCCCUACCCUCCACACAUACACACCGUCCCAGUUAACCACCGGGCCCCUGAAGGGGCCGAAGGUGCUGGGCCCCCUCCUUCCCGGCCUUGACCCCUAAGGGCUUGGCCCCUUCCAGGGGCCUGUAACUAAGUUGGGUCCUGCCGGGCAGGGGUCCUGGGUUCUCUGCCCCUUGGGGGACAGGAGUGGACAUGUCCAGGUGGGUGGGGCGGCACACUGUUCCACCGUUUUGCAUAUCGUUGCUUCUGAACCACAAACUGUAUAAAAUUGACGGUUUUUUGCA